GUCUCCAGUGGGGAAGACGGGUUGCCACGAGACUCAUCCAAACCCGAAAUCACGGUCCGUGUGAUGAAGGAAAGUUCUAGCUGCCAAGAGGUCCUAUAAAGGAGGUGUCCUGCUCUAGCCUGGGGAGUGGUCCUCGCAAGGGAUGCUAGGCAGAGCUCUGACGCCAGGAAGAGGGAGCCGGGGGAAGUGGGGGCGCAGCGGGCACAGCAGGUGCAAAGGCCCUGGGGUAGGAGGGUUCGUGGGAGCACAGGGAGCACGAGGCAGGGUGAAAACUGAGGCCACAGAAGAGGACAAGGGCCAGGCCUCGUAGGGUUUUGGGGCCACGGGGGUGGGGUCUUCAGAGGUCGGGGAUGAAAGGGAGCAGGCAGCCCAAGACAGCAGCCAAGGCCAUUUCUUUUUCUCUGAAUCAUACUUCUCCUCCAUGUCCCGCCCCAUCUGCCAAGUGUCCUUCCUGCAGGUCCUUGACUGCACCCCUUCUCCCCACCCCCUCGGGGCCCACCAAUCUCAUCAGCGUGACCUCACUGAUCAGAGUCCUAAUCAGCUCACCAGCAGAGGGAUAAAGGCCAGGCCGGCUCCCUGCUGCGGGAGGUCCAGCCACUCGCACCAUGGCUCCCUGAGAUCUGCCCAGCACUGCCCGCAGUGUGAGAGAGCCCAGAAGCCAGGUGUCCCUGCAGCACCUCUGCCAGCCUCGCCAUGAACCUGGAGCCGCCCAAGGCCGAGUUCCGGUCGGCCACCAGGGUGAUGGGAGGACCUGUCACCCCCAGGAAAGGGCCCCCCAAAUUUAAGCAGCGACAGACCAGGCAGUUCAAGAGCAAACCCCCCAAGAAAGGCGUCCAAGGGUUUGGGGAUGACAUCCCUGGAAUGGAAGGCCUGGGAACAGACAUCACCGUCAUCUGCCCUUGGGAGGCCUUCAACCACCUGGAGCUGCACGAGCUGGCCCAGUAUGGCAUCAUCUAGGGCCAGACCCCUGCCCAGGGUCCCGGGAUCCUCACCCCUGCUGCCCACUGCACUCUGAACCCUGCUCAGGAACCCUGCCGAGGAGAUCCGACCCCCACAGCCCAGAUUGCACCUGGACACCAGGGCGGGGCUGUGGGCCAGCCCCCAGGAGACCACCGCCUGCCCUCAGGUCACCCCAUCGGGGCUGGCCAGGCCCUGCUUAACUUCCAGAGACACUGGCCACCCAGAGGUCUGCCCUCAGAGAGGGUCUGGGCGUCACCCCCCCCAGGGAGACGGGGAGGUAGAUCCCAGCCCAUGAGCCUGCUGGACCCCAGACUGUCCCCUCCUCAUGGCUGGACACCCCAGCCACCUGUCCUCCCUGUCUGGGGGUGAGGAGAUGCUCCCCCUCCCUGCAUUGGGGUGGACAUGGUGGGUGGCAGGACUCCUGGGGGCAGGCAGCCAAAGGAUGAGGCCCCUGCACACCCAUCGCAGCAGCUGGGAGCUCAUCCUUUCAACUUGGUCCACCCCUGCCGUCCCUCUUUUAAAAUAAAAUUAGUGUUUCCUGCUC